UCAGCGGCGGCGGCGGUAGCGGCGGUGGCGGGGCCGGGCCGGGGCCGGGCGCUGGGGGGGGCCGGAGCUGGAGCAGGAGCAGGAGCUGGAGGCGGGCGAAACCGAAGCGGCCGGGGGCGGCCACGGUGAUGAGCCGGGCCUGGCGGACGCGGCGCCAUCGCAGUCAGAGGGAAGAGGCCCAGCCAAAGAGACACGCUGAGCUGCUGCUGCUCCAUUCCAUGUUGGCCGAGCUGACAGGCCGGCGCCAUGCCCCCGCCUGCAGAGGUGACAGAUCCGUCCCAUGCCCCUGCCGUCCUGCGCCAGCUCAAUGAGCAGCGGCUCCGUGGCCUUUUCUGUGACGUCACCCUCAUAGCUGGAGACACCAAGUUCCCGGCUCACCGCAGUGUCCUGGCCGCUUCCAGUCCCUUCUUCAGAGAGGCCCUGCUUGCUUCAGCGCCCCUCCCCCUCCCGCCAGUCAGUGGGGACUCAGCCCCCAACCCUGCCACCACCGUAGCUGCCUCCUCCUCCUCUACAGCCACCACCACCUCCUCCUCCUCCUCUUCUUCCUCCUCUUCUUCCUCCUCUCCCCCUCCAGCCUCUCCCCCUGCCUCACCCCCACCCCGAGUCCUGGAGCUGCCUGGGGUCCCAGCAGCGGCCUUCUCGGAUGUCCUCAAUUUCAUCUACAGUGCCCGACUGGCCCUCCCUGCUGGUGGAGGGGAUGGGGCCGCAGUGGCAGAGAUCGGAGCUCUGGGUCGGCGCCUGGGCAUCUCCCGCCUGCAGGGUCUGGGGGAGGGAGGAGAUGCCUGGGUACCUCCCACCCCAGCUCCUGUAGCCACCUCGCAGCCUGAAGAGGGCAGCUUCAGGCCUGGGCCAGCCACAGAGUGGGAAGGCGACGGGGCUGAAGCCCAGGCUCCUGACUCCCAGCCCUCCCUGUCCCGGAGGCCCCUGCCCUGCCCCCGGUGCGGAAAAAGCUUCAUCCACCCCAAGCGGCUGCAGACCCACGAGGCGCAGUGCCGCCGGGGGCCCGGCACGCGUGGAGGUGCUACAGCAGGGCUGGGCCCCGGGGGUCCCUCAGGAGUGGAUGCCUCUGCGCUGCCCUCUCCUGUGGGCUUCCGAGGAGGUCCGGAGCACGUGGUGAAGGUGGUGGGCGGCCAUGUGCUCUACGUGUGCGCGGCCUGUGAGCGUUCCUACGUGACCCUGUCCAGCCUGAAGCGACACAGCAACGUCCACUCAUGGCGGAGGAAGUACCCCUGCCGCUACUGCGAGAAGGUGUUUGCCCUGGCCGAGUACCGCACCAAGCACGAGGUGUGGCAUACUGGGGAACGCAGGUACCAGUGCAUCUUCUGCUGGGAGACCUUUGUCACUUAUUAUAACCUGAAGACCCACCAGCGAGCCUUCCAUGGCAUUAGCCCGGGCCUCCUGGCCAGUGAGAAGACACCCAAUGGAGGCUACAAGCCCAAGCUCAAUACCCUCAAGUUGUACCGUCUGCUCCCCAUGCGGGCAGCCAAGCGGCCCUACAAGACCUACAGCCAGGGGGCCCCUGAGGCCCCACUCUCUCCAGGCCUCCAUGCACCGGCCCCUGUGGCAUUGCCAGCAAGCCCCCCUCCCGGCCCCCCGCCUGCCCCUGAGCCUGGCCCCUCUCCCUCUGUCAUCACCUUCGCUCACCCGGCCCCCUCUGUCAUCGUGCAUGGGAGCAGUAGCAGUGGUGGAGCAGCAGGUGGGCCAGCAAGCACAGGAGGGGCCCAGGCUGCCUCAGUCAUCACUUACACUGCUCCCCCUAGGCCCCCCAAGAAACGCGAGUACCCACCCCCUCCCCCUGAGCCUGCAGCCACACCCACCGGCCCCGCCACAGCAGUUUGUCCAGCCACCCCUGCAGGGCCGGCUGCUGCGGCCACAGCGGCCACCACGGCAGAGGAGGCCAAGGGCCGGAAUACCCGGACUGGGAGGACCCUGACCUAUACAGCCAAGCCGGUGGGCGGGGUUGGCGGGGGCGGGGGUCCCCCCCCAGGGCCUGGCCGGGUCCCCUCUCAGCUACAGGCUCCACCUCCACUGUGUCAGAUCACUGUGCGAAUUGGGGAGGAGGCCAUUGUCAAGCGCCGCAUCUCAGAGACCGACCUGCAUCCAGGAGAGGUGAGCGGAGAGGAGGUGGAGGAGAGUGAGGAGGAGGAGGAAGACGAGGAGGAAGACGAGGAGGAGGACGAGGAGGACUCGAAGGCCAGUGGGGAGGAUCAGCUUUGGAGGCCCUACUACUCCUAUAAGCCUAAGCGCAAGGCCGGAGCCGCGGGCGGUGGCAGCAGUGGUGGAGGCAGUGGAGCAGGCGGGGGCGGCGGGGCGCCCCGGAGCCGCCGGCUGCCGCGCUGGAGGCAGAAGCUGGAACGGAGGAGCUGGGAGGAGACCCCGGCGGCAGGGGCUACGACGGCGGCCGGGAGUCCGGCGGGGCGGGCCCGCAGUGAGCGGCGGCACCGCUGCGGGGACUGCGCCCAGACAUUCGGCACCUUAAGGAAGCUGCGGAAGCACCACCAGGAGGCCCAUGGCGGGGGAGCCUCCUCGCAUGGUUCUCGGACCGGCCGGAGGCCUUCGACCCGCUUCGCCUGCCCACAGUGCGCCAAGGUGUGCAAGACGGCCGCUGCGCUGAGCCGCCAUGGGCAGAGGCAUGCAGCCGAGCGGCCCGGCGGCGCGCCCACUCCGGUCAUCGCCUAUUCCAAGGGCAGUGCGGGCCCCAGGCCCGGCGAGGUCAAGGAGGAGGCCCCCCAAGAAAUGCAAGUCUCGUCGUCCAGCGGGGAGGCCGGCAUUGGCGGCAGCGGUGGUGUUGGUGUUGGCGGCGGCGGCAGCGGCAGCAGCGGCAGCAGCGGGGGCGACAGAGACAUGGCUGCCCAGGAAGCCUCAGAAGCUGCCUCACUGCAGGACCCCGUCAUCUCGGGCGGUGAGGAGCCCCCAGUGGUGGCCGGGGCAGGCAGCUACGCGUACCAGCCCGUGCAAGAAUUUCCACUGGCUCUGAUCGGGAGUGGCAGGGAACCUGGCGGGGGCCGGGCGAAAGCUGGAAGUGAGGGGUGUGCGGGAGCCCCAGAGGGGGAUCGGAUGGAAGGGUUGGGGGCUGCCAAAGUCACCUUCUACCCUGAACCCUAUCCGCUUGUCUAUGGUCCCCAGCUCCUUGCCGCCUACCCUUACAACUUCAGCAACUUGGCAGCUCUGCCUGUUGCGCUCAACAUGGUCCUACCUGAUGAGAAGAGUGGGGGGAGCCUUCCCUUCCUCCCGGGGGUCUUCGGCUAUGCGGUGAAUCCUCAAGCUGCACCCCGUACUCCCCCAUCCCCACCGCCACUAACUCUUCCGCUACCGAUUCCCCCUAAGGGAGAAAGUGAAAAGGCAGAGGUUGAAAGAACCCAGAAGGGAGACGUGGGGUGAAGCUCUAGGACCAGACCCCACCCUUUUCACCAGAUGCCACCCUCCUUGAGCCCCACCCCGCCCCCCACCACUACCAGCUGCCUGGCCUCCCUGCCCCUCCACACUCUGGUGCAGGGCCUGGAGUUGGGGGAGCGGGGCCCUGGAGCUCAGGGGCCAGGCUGCUCUGUGUGGGAUUGUAGUCGCUCCCCUCUCCUAGGAAGGGGUCUUGCUGGUUCCCCCUCUCAAUCGUCCUCCAGGGAAUGGCCCGCGGGAGGGGCAGGGCCAGAUCCUAUCUCUCCUCCAAGCCCUCGGGGCAACUGAGCAAUAUACUCAUCUGAAUCUACUCAACAGCCCCCACCAGCUCUGAAUGUCUAACUCGCACCCCCUGAUUUCGCAAACCUAGGGGAAAACCAUCUCUCUCACCGAAGGGUCACCCCUAGUUCUGCCCCCUCCCUCCCAGCUUUCUCUAAACCUGCUGCCCCCAGAUGCUUCCUGGCACAUUCCAUUCUUUGUGGCGCAGAGCCUGGACCAGAGCAUUGUGAUCCCCGACGCCGACCCCUGGGGGAGCCUGGCUUCGGACCCCAUUUUUUGUGUGUCUGUCUGCUUUAUGUGGCAACGCCACGCCUUCCUUGGCUUCCACGCCUUCCUUGGCUUCCACGCCUUCCUUGGCUUCCACGCCUUUGGAGCUUCCAUUUUUCUCCUCCCAUCCUCCUAGACUUCUCUAGGUCAGGGAGAUGUUGGGGGGAGGGCUGUCUUUUGGUUCUGUGGCCAUUUUCCCAACCCUGGGGGGGCAGGGAAAUCAUAGCCCAAACUUGACCUCCAAAUCCAGUGAACCCCAUAUUCUUCCAAGGCAAGAGUUGAAUAGAUCACACCUCUUCCUGCUUCUCCACAGAGCACCAAUUCUGGGCUAGACCAGAUUUGGGGGCCAGGAGGCAAAAGCUCUACAUGGCACGGAGGGGGAAGCUACUUCCUCUCUAUUUGUUUUAUUUCCUGCUGGUUUCUCCCAGACUAGACCAAAUAGCCAGAAAAGUGAUGGGGGUUGGAUGGGUGGGUUAAGCCCAAGAUUUGCACAUGACCUUCCAUCCUCACCUUUACCCCCCACCUGUCACUCCCCUCACGAUCACUCCAGAUGGUUUUUUGGGGGAACCAUCCUACUCUCCCGGUGGGCUUUGGGGUAUCCCCACCAACUUUCCCUCCAAAAUAGCACCUUACACCCCACCUUCGACUCAGUUCCCCUCACCCAAAGAUCCCAGCUUAGGGGAUGGGAGGCAGGGACCUUCAGUAGUCCCUGAGCCCUAAUUUGCACUAGUUAACCCUGGUCAGGGUUCCUGUACUUCCUUAUAGUGGGGGAGAUGAGGAAAACUUUGCUCCUAAUUCUCGGGAAUCCAGGCCUCCCCACUCCGUGAUUGGAUGAACAUUUCCAUUCCACCCUCCCCUCCACAAAG